AAAAACACAAAAUCAAAUGCACAUUGAAAUGUAGUAUCAAUAGGGAAGGCAAGGCAUUCCCUUAGAAAAGAGGAGAGAGUGUCAGAGAUUUGAAACCCAGUUGGCGCCGCCUGUUGCUCCCUUGCUCUUGAUAUUUCUCUCGCUCUCCGUUGAAACCUCAGAGCGCGUCCAUUUCGGUGGCUUUCCAGUUCCAAGCUGGCUUCUUUUCUCCACUAUAUAUAUAUAUAUGAUAUGAUACAUGAUAACCUGUAAUUUUAUUCCCAUUUCUCUUCACGCAUUUCUUUCUUCAUUUUCUCUUCUCUAGCUUUUUUUUUUUCUAGCUUAUUACUUCUUUAUUCUUUUUUUAAUUUUUAUAAUUAUUUUUUAUUUAUAUUCCAACGCACAAAGAUUCUAGUUUAAUUUUAGUAAUAUCAUCAAUUUUCACUUCCCUAUAUCAUUUCAUCUGGCUGUACCCUCUCACAGCUAGCUCUCUCUCUCUCUCCUUAGCCUCUCCUGAGACCGGGGGAUUUAACUCUUUUAUCUGGGGAUUUGCUAUUCAAGGGAGAGAUGGCAGAGCCAAAAACAACUGCACCCUUGAUCUCACCAUCAUCAUCACGAAACCUUCCUGAUUUCAAAAAAUCUGUGAAGUUAAAAUAUGUGAAAUUGGGUUACCAUUACCUCAUCUCCCAUGGAAUGUACCUUUUCCUUUCCCCACUUGUAGUCCUAAUUGCUGCGCAGCUGUCAACAUUUUCUCUUCAAGAUUUUUAUACUCUUUGGGAGCAUCUACAGUAUAAUCUCAUAUCUGUGAUCCUCUGCUCAACACUCCUUGUUUUCCUCCUUACACUCUAUUUUAUGACUCGUCCUCGUCCUGUAUACCUUAUCAACUUUUCCUGCUACAAGCCUGAAGAAUCUCGUAAGUGCACAAAAAGGAUUUUCAUGGAUCAAUCUCGGAUGACUGGAACUUUUACAGAGGAAAAUCUUAACUUCCAGCAGAGGAUCCUUGAGAGAUCUGGCCUAGGGGAUUCAACUUAUCUUCCAGAGGCAGUUCUCAAUAUUCCCCCUAACCCAUCAAUGCAAGAAGCUAGAAAAGAAGCUGAGGCUGUGAUGUUUGGUUGUGUUGAUGAGCUUUUGGCCAAGACCUCAAUUAAACCCAAAGAUAUUGGAAUCUUGAUUGUGAAUUGCAGCUUGUUCAAUCCUACCCCAUCUCUUUCUGCCAUGGUUAUCAACCAUUACAAGCUUCGAGGCAAUAUAGUUAGCUACAACCUAGGUGGGAUGGGUUGUAGUGCAGGUCUGAUCUCAAUAGCUCUAGCCAAGGAUCUUCUUCAGGUCCAUCCCAACUCCUAUGCAUUGGUCAUCAGCAUGGAGAACAUCACAUUAAAUUGGUACUUUGGAAAUGACCGUUCAAAGCUCGUUUCAAACUGUUUAUUUAGAAUGGGAGGGGCUGCAAUUCUCCUUUCAAACAAAGGGUCUGACAGAAGAAGGUCAAAGUACCAAUUGGUACAUACUGUCCGCACUCACAAGGGUGCUGAUGAUAAGUGCUUCACAUGUGUUACCCAAGAAGAGGACUCCAACGGGAAGGUUGGUGUUACUUUGUCGAAGGAUCUCAUGGCAGUUGCAGGUGAUGCUUUGAAAACUAACAUCACUACAUUAGGGCCUCUUGUUCUGCCAAUGUCUGAACAGCUACUAUUCUUUGCCACAUUAGUUGGUAAAAAGCUUUUCAAGAUGAAGAUCAAGCCUUACAUCCCUGAUUUCAAGCUAGCUUUUGAGCAUUUCUGCAUUCAUGCUGGGGGAAGAGCAGUGUUGGAUGAAUUGGAGAAGAACUUGCAGCUGUCUGAUUGGCAUAUGGAGCCAUCAAGGAUGACACUUUAUCGGUUUGGCAAUACCUCAAGCAGUUCCCUUUGGUAUGAAUUAGCAUAUUCGGAAGCCAAAGGAAGAAUGAAGAAGGGAGAUAGAACAUGGCAAAUAGCAUUUGGUUCAGGGUUUAAGUGUAAUAGUGCAGUUUGGAAGGCUCUAAGGCCCAUCAACCCUGCAAAGGAAAAGAGCCCCUGGAUGGAUGAGAUCCACCAGUUCCCAGUCGAUGUUCCGAAGGUAUCAACUAUCUAAGUCCCAAAAUGGCUGGUUAUGAUGUAAGAUUGUUGAGGGCAAGUGAAUUGACUGGUUUAUGCCAGGCAUUUUUCACUCAUUGUUAAAAUCAGGAUGAUAUUUAUUAGUGGACUGGAAUUGGAACUUGUCACUGAUUUGUUCUGGCA